UGUUUUUGUGUAGAACUAUUUUUAUGAAAUACGAUCCACAGCAAAGAUGUUUUUGUUGAAGUGGUGAGAAUGGAAGAAAAGAGGCGUGGAGGUUGGUGUGGUCGACGAGUAGUGGCAAGCAAAAGAGGGAGUAGUGAUGGCAAUGUCUCCGACAAUGGCUCCAACAGCAGAAGCAGCAACAUCAGUGUCAUCAAGAAGCUUCAAAGCCGCGAGAUUUCUUCGAAGCCUCAUCGUGCUUUUGCUUCUGCCACUGUUUCCCACAGAUUCCGCACCAUGCGCUUGACGCAUCAAUAUGACACUCAUGAUCCCUCCAAGGCUCGCUCUUCCCUUUUGCCCUUCUUGAUGAAACGAACUAAAGUUGUCGAAAUUGUUGCUGCCAAAAACGUGGUAUUCGCCCUUUACCAUUCUGGUUUGUGUGCAGCUUUUAGUAGAGUAACGAAUGAAAGGAUUUGCUUUUUGAAUGUCUGCCAUGAUGAGGUCAUCCGCAGCCUCUUCUACAAUAAGAACAACGACUCACUUAUAACAGUAUCUGUUUAUGCUUCUGAGAAUUUCAGCUCUUUGAAAUGCAGAUCCACAAAGAUUGAAUACAUACAGAGGGGCAAACCAGAAGCUGGAUUUCCUCUUUUCCAAUCUGAAUCUUUGAAAUGGCCUGGAUUUGUAGAGUUUGAUGACGUCAAUGGAAAGGUCCUGACUUACUCUGCACAAGAUAGUAUUUACAAGGUCUUUGAUCUUAAAAACUACACCAUGCUAUACUCGAUUUCAGAUAGGCAUGUUCAUGAAAUCAAGAUCAGUCCUGGCAUCAUGUUAUUAAUUUUCAAUAGAACCAGUGGUCACAUUCCCCUCAAGAUUAUAUCCAUUGAAGAUGGCACAGUUCUCAAAGCAUUCAACCAUCUACUUCACCGGAAUAAGAAGGUGGACUUCAUAGAGCAGUUUAAUGAAAAACUUCUAGUCAAGCAAGAAAAUGAGAACCUUCAGAUUCUUGAUGUUCGAAAUGCUGAGCUGAUGGAGGUAAGCAGAAAGGUGUUCACGACUCCAUCCGCAUUUAUCUUCCUGUACGAGAAUCAGUUGUUCCUUACUUUCAGAAAUCGAACGGUUUCUGUUUGGAACUUCCGUGGGGAGCUUGUUACUACAUUUGAGGACCACCAGUUGUGGCAUACAGACUGCAAUACAAAUAACAUAUACAUAACAAUUGAUCAGGAUCUCAUUAUCUCUUACUGCAAGCCAGAUUCUGAUGACCAAUGGAUGGAAGGCAAUGCUGGAUCCAUUAAUGUCAGCAAUAUCUUGAAUGGGAAAUGUGUGGCUAAAAUUGAUGCACGAAGUAGCAGCAUGAAGGCUGAAAAGUGCAGCAGUAGUGGUUGCAGCAUCUGUGAGCAAAGUCAUUCAUCCCUAUUAAGGAGUUCAGUUGCAGAGGCUUUGGAGGACAUCACUGCCCUAUUUUAUGAUGAAGAUAUGAAUGAGAUAUAUACUGGUAACAGACAUGGUCUUGUUCAUGUAUGGUCUAACUAAUGACAAGAGAUUCCUGUUUCUUCUGGCUCCAUGGUCCAAGGAAUCCCAAGUUUGGGUUUUGCUUUUGCUGAUCGGAUAAUUUCAGCAUUGUAAUGUAUAACAUUAGUUGAUGUGAAACUAUUACGUAGCACUCUACAGUGGUGGAUUUCAUAGUUUGUGUAGAUAUAAACCAGUUAGUUAAAUAGUGUAUUAUCUAAGCCUUUUUUGGUUUGAGUUUUAGCCUUUUUUAGAGGUUUGAUCUUCUAGUUUCUGUAUAGUAAAAUCACCACCGAAAAUGAGGGAGAUGAGACAUAUAUAUUCCUUGUAUUAGUUUGUCCUGGAAUUCAUAGAGGACAUGUCAUGAGGGUUAGAAAAAAAAGGGCAGAUUGUAUGGAGUUUAUAUCUCAUAUAUCUAUACUACUGGCGUAGAUUUCACUAUAAUGGAGACCUCUAUUGUUAUGA